AUGAAGGAUCGAAAAGUGCCAAUCAUGAAGACGAGUGCGAAGUCCAACCUGGCUCACGGCGAAGCCAAUGCAGGGAUGGCAGGUCUUGUGAAGUGCGUCCUGAUGUUGAACCACCACAGUGUUCCUCCGAACGUUCAUUUCUACUGCCUGAACCCGCAUGUGGACAUGAAUGGUUAUCCCUGCCAGAUUUCGGGAGAGCUCCUGGAUCUGGGCUCUAACACUGGCUACGCGGGUGUCUCUUCCUUUGGCUUUGGUGGCACCAAUGCGCGGGCCGACAUCUGGGCCAAAGCACACACUGGCUUCAGAAAAGUUCGUCAGGUCGACCUCAACAUGCUUGAAAACGUGACUGUGCGAUGCCCGAAGUGCUUGGGCAGUAUGGAGUGGAAGAGCUCUGACGCAGUACCCUCACGGCUGCCAAAGCCAACGGGACAGGGCCGGAGGCGGGCACAUUGCGUCCGCGAGUCUGACAACUACGACUUCUGUAGCCACUGCUACGACGGCUCCUACCUCUUCGGACAACCGACUCCAGAAGACCCCAUGCCAGCGGGCACAGCUUACAUCAAGGGUUCCUGGACAGCUUUCUCAGAGUUUGAGGAGAUGAAGGUGGAGGAGCAUCUAA